AUGCUGGCCCUUGGAGGGUCAAUGCAGCCGCAUAUGGGAUGGUGCAAGUCGCUGCUGACGGCGGUUUCCAUGUUCGCUGUCCUGGUUCAGGUCGACCAGCGCCUAGCUGCUGCGUCCGUUUUCCUAGUCUCCUUUUCCUCCGCACUGCUGGCACGCGCAGGGCCGGCCUUCUUGCUUGCCGCAGCGGCGUCUUGGAUGACGCUGCUCAACGCCCGGCGGCGCGUCUGUGCGCCCAGCCCCGAGUUUUUGGAGUUCCAGUACCAGGGCUACCAGGGCUACCACCAGCGCAGCGAGGUGCGUUUUGACGAUGCUACGGCCUUGGGCGGAAAAGGAAGCGGAAACCGCUUCUUCGCCUGCCACCCUCACGGCAUUCUCUCCGUGGGGUUUUGCUCAAACGUUGUCUGGGGCCGCAAGUUUCAUGAGGUGGUGGGUCACUGCAAUUAUCUCAUCGAUCCGACCUUGCGGAACAAGGGCUUGCUGGCCAAGUUCUUCUUGGAUGCCUUCGAGGGACCGCAUGGAGCCAUUCGCGACACUCGAGCAGCGACGAUCCAGGAGCUCAUGGAGAAGGGCGAGUCGAUCUCCAUGACUCCCGGUGCCUACCAAGAGGCGACCUGCUUUUCUCAUGGCUUGGAGAGAGUGGCGCUCAGACAGCGGAAAGGCUUUGUGAAGUACUGCCUCCGCUACGGCUACAGAUUACAUCCGGUGUAUACCUUCGGAGAGAGCGAGACGUACUUCACGCUGGGUGGCUUCGAGAAGCUCCGGCUUUGGCUGAACGGCAAAGGGAUUCCCACCGUUUGCUUCUGGGGCUUGCCGUGGUGCCCCUUGCUUCCGCGCCGGCACUUAAAGCUGCUGACCUUCGUGGGCCCGGCCUUGGAGCUUCCGAAGCUGCCGGAGCCCACGACCGAGCAGGUGGACGAGUGGCACCAGAAGUAUGUGGAAGCCUUGAGGGAACUCUUCGACAGACACAAGGCUGAGGCAGGGAAGCCUUCGGCCGUGCUGGAGAUACUGUAG